UAACAAGUCAACAACUAUUCGAAAUUGAGAGCCUUUUGCUUUCCACUUGUAGAAUCAAGGAAACUGGUUCAUAAUAUCAGAAUUACGGUGAAAUUAAUAUAAAUAUGUACCUUAUUGCCUUAUACAUAUCAUUUGUAUAAAGUUUUAAUUGACACAGGUGGCAAAAUGAAUCAAAGUUUAUGCCGUUUAUGCAACGAGAACAUUGGUGUUGCAUCUCUGUUUAGCUCAGCAGAUGCGGCUGGAAUCCUAUUGAGUGAGAAAGUUACGUAUUGUGCUAAAGUAACGGUCGUGCAAGGCGACGACCUACCUGCUAACAUUUGCGCGUUUUGCGAGGAGCAGCUCGGAUGUACGUACAGCUUUGUCCUUAAAUGCGAAGACACAGACAAGAAGCUGAGGUCUUUGCAGCUCACUGUCAAACAUGAGUGUGAAAUUAAAUAUGAUGUAAAAACAGAGGACUCUCAUACAACUUCGCCCGACGAUAUUUUUGAUAAUCCGUCCGAAUGCUACGACUCCCCACUAAUUGAUAAUAUUAAGGAAGAAAUUGACUUUGGAAUACAAAAAAAAACAAAACGAAAAUAUGUAAGAACAAAACCAAGAAAAGCUAGCCUGAGCAAGUGCAAGGUGUGUGGCCGUGUGUGCAACAGUCCUUCCUCAUUGGCCAUACAUAUGAGGUCACACACAAAUGAGAAACCUUAUGGUUGCUUAUUGUGCGAUAAAAAAUAUAAGGAUAGUGGCACUUUGAAACGGCACGCUGAGAGGAACCACAACAACGAGAGGGCAAGAAGAUUCAUAUGUGAGCACUGUGGCAAAGGGUUCUAUUCAAAGUCUGAUUGUAAGAUACAUAUGAGGACACACACUGGGGAAACGCCUUAUUCUUGCAGUAGCUGUCCUGCACGGUUCUCCCAAGUAGGAUCUUUACAGAGACAUAAGUUGACACACACUGGUGAGAGGACACAUGUGUGCACAAAAUGUCCUAAAAAGUUUCCCACUAGGGAGGAAUUAAAGAAGCAUUACCUUGUCCACUCUGAUGAAAGGAAACAUAAGUGUCCUCUGUGUGAAAUACAGUUUAAAUCUAGCAAUAACAUGAGGAAGCAUUUUAGAAUGCAUACAGACAAAAUGAAUAAAUUUAUCUGCAACUAUUGCAAGCGUUGUUUUCCAUUCAAAGGCAAUUUGCAAUGCCACAUAACUAAACAACAUUCGUCAAAAUCUGGACACUGUGAAAUGUGCUCUAAGUACUUUCCAAACAUUAAAUUGCACAUGUUGAAACAUGCAGGCAUGCGUACCGUCAAGUGUGAGCUAUGCCCCAGCAGCUUCUUUGACUUAAAAGGCUUAUCAACGCAUGUCAAUUUCAGACACAAAUUUGCUGACAAAUAUAAGUGCACUAUAAAUGAUUGCACUCUCAAGUUUCCCUCCCAGCCCAUGCUCGACUAUCAUGUUAUGAGAUAUCAUAAAUCAAUGAAACCAUUUGUUUGUGAUAAGUGUCCAAGAAGUUUUUAUCGGAAAAGUGAUAUGGUAAGACAUAAAAAAGGCACUCACAAAGAAUAUAUGGCAGGUGAUGAGAAAAAGAUUUAUGGAACCUGGUCCUAGCCUAAUAAAAUCAUCUAAAUUAUAUGACAAACUCGAGUGCAAUAAAUGCAGGCACCCUAUAAUAUAAUAUCAUUGCAUUGUGAGUGAAAACAACUUUCUUCAAUCCAUGAUUGAUCAGCAUGUACCUUUGUUUCCUCCUCCUUUCAAAGCUUCCCAUGCUCCAUAAAGAUAGUCGCAAAAUAAAAGAUAUAAAUGCCAUCUAUAUAUUUAUUUCAAAUACCAAUAUAUUGACUUUAACUACAGCAUCAUAUCACAGUUGAAAAAGAAAACAGAUAAUAGUCAAGGUAAAAUGUGACAGCAAGAGUGAAAAAUAAAUAGAAAUACAUAUCUGUAAGAAAUAAACAAUUUAUUUUGAGUGAAAGUGGCCAUUUCAUUUCACAAACUAAUAUAUCACUAUGUUCAAAAAACAAAAAAACAUUAAUCCAAGAUUAUACACCUAUCUUAGAUAUACUUUCUAAACUUAAUCAAAGUGUUCAAAACAUAAAAAAAGAUUCUUAGUUUUUAGCUAAAGGUGUGCCAUCAAAAUCUAAUAAGUAGAAGAUUGAUCACACAUAC